AUGGACAUCACUUCCUUCAUCGCUUCACACCGUGAGGUCCUUCUCAUAGGCGACUAUUCCACCUACCGCGCUCAACUCUCACGUCAACUGCUCGGCCUCCGUAAGCGUCUGGGUCGAGCAACACCAAAGAGAGAGAAAUUCGCUGCCAAGGCCAUUACUGCUGAAGAUGUUGGCAACAACCAUGAGUUUGUGCACCUGCAACUGCUAACGGCGGAACGGGCGUGGGCUCAUGCUAUGUUCAUGAAGACCAGUCGAGGCGACGAUGUGAGCGGUGGUGGUGGAAUCACGGGGAGCACGAGGAGCCAUAUCAUCUCGCGCCUGGCUAAGGCGGGUAGGGCGGCGAAGGUGCUGGUGGAUCUGCUACAGGAAAGGGAUGUGAGCAAAGCCAGUGAGCAGGACGUUCUGGAGGCGAGGGCAUACCGAAGCACUCUAGCUGGAGCGGAGGAGUUUGAGAAGCAGGCUGCGGGACAGAGAGAGGAUGAUAGACCGAAGGAGGAGCGGUGGAAGACCUGUUUGAGGUCUUAUGCAGAGGCCAGGGUGAUUUACGCUGCAUUAUUAGAGAAAGAGAGGAAGGAGGUGUAUAGGGAGAUCUUGGCGAAUACGGUCGAUCCUACUAUUCGGUAUGCGGCAUAUCAGGCACAACUUUCGACGACGAUUCCGAUACCGACGAUUGCCACCCGAUACUUUCCCAAGGAGGAUAAGGAGCUGGUGGGGAUGGUUGAGAAGGUGGACGAGUAUGCUUUCAAGGACAAGCCAGUGCCCAAGGACGAGGACGAGGCACAGGCUUCACCACAAGACAUUCCCAACAGUGUUACGUGGCGAGGUCGGAAAGCCAAUAUUGUGGACGCCUCGAUUGGUCAGGCGUUAGCAGCAGUCACGGCGGCAGAGGCUAAGCUACGACCAUAUCUCUCGUCGAAUCCUGCUGCAUCGAGUCGAGACAAAGCAGCUGCGUACGAUGAUAUCCUCACUGCAUCCCAAGACGCAGCAGAUGCUACGAAGCGUGCUACGGACGAGCUAGAGAAGGAGCGGGUAGAUGAAGGCGAUGCGCGUAUGCAAAAUUUGCGUGUCACUAGCCUGUCUGUCAACUACGAUCUUGUCAGCUGGCGUGUCGGUCGGAACAGAGUCCUGAUCGGCAAUGAUGACGGUCUCACAUUUGCUGCUCAACAACCGAAGAAGCCGAGACGACCACGCAAGGAUGGCACACCGUACCCCGAAAAGGAAGAACCACGAUCACGCAAUCUCGCUCGUUUGCGGGAACGCAAUGUCCUAUACGAUGCCACAAUCCAAAGCGUAAACUCCGUCAAAGACCUGCGCGGCGCCAUGCGAGAUGCGACCUUCGUCCAAGAGCUCGACAGCAAAGCCGCCUACUUCCGUGCCCUUAAACUCUUGAACAUCAGCUACUCGCACAGCCUGCUCGACAACCACCUCAAUGCUUUAGCUUUAUUGAAACGAGCCUCGGACCUCAUCUCCUCCGCCUCGGCGUCGAGCCAGACACCAGCAAACGCGCCACCAACCCUUGAUCUCACUCAGGACUCAACGACUACAGUUCGCACCCACAUCUCCUCUCUCCUCUCCCGCACCCACGCCCUAGUCGAACUCCACGCCCUCGAAUCCAACGCCCGCAUUGCGAACGAAAAGAACAUGACUUCCUUUGCCUCUCUAAUCCAUAACCUCAACGCCUAUCCUACCCCAGGGGUGCUCGUCGAUGUCAAGAACCUGGUGCAGUACCCGCCCAAGCUCCAACCGGUGCCAGUCAAACCGUUGUUCUUGGAUGUGGCGUGGAAUUAUAUCGGGUACCCUGGUCAUGAAGGCCAGGUAAAGGCGAGAGAUGUGCCGGGACCUGCGGAUGUUAAUAUGGUGAAUGGGAAUGGGGAGAAGGGUGAGGAGGCCCCUAAGAAGAGGGGGUGGUUCGGCUUUGGUCGUUGA